UAGCAUUGUUGUGCCAGUGGUAGCCCAGAGAGCACGUUGGACCGAGAGCUCGUGAAAUUAUUGUGGAUUAAGUGGAUAUAUAGCCCAGAGUUUAUUGGAUAGAGCCAGAGCACUUUCUCAAAUCAACCAAAAUGUUGCGCUUGAGUGAAAAGUUGAAGAUCAUGGUGUUUUUGGUGUGUGCCCUGAUCCUGGGCAGUGAGGCUACUAAGCAGCCCACCAAGAGAGUGACCUUUGUGCCGAAGAAUAUCAAGAGGGAUGCUCCUGUGGCUAGCCACUUUGGAGGAAAUCUCCAUGGGGGAUUUGGGCAGCAGCAGGGCCAUCAGCAAUUCCAAUUGCAGGCUCUCACCCAUCAGGGACUUGAUGGAGGGCACCAAGGGAGCCACUAUGUGAUGCCACAGUACACCUUUGCUGCUCCCCAGGGACACAACUUCGCUCAUGGUGGCUUAGCUGGAGCUGGAGCUACUCAGUAUGCUCAGCUAGCUAAGGUUCUCAAUACUCAGAGUCAGGGAGGUCAUGCUGGAGGCCAAGGAUUUGGUGGGGCAUUCGUGUCUGGGGGAAUCAAGACAGCUCCUGUGACAUUCAGUGCUGCCCCUUCAACUUCCUACGGAACUCCAGUUUCUGGAGGACACUUUGGUCAACUGGGAGGAUUUUCUGGUGGUCAUGGAUUCGGAGGAUCCCUAGGAGGACACAGCUUUGGAGGUCAAAGUCUUGGAGGUCAUAGCCUGGGAGGACAAAGCUUUGGAGGACACAGUCUGGGUGGACAAAGUUUUGGAGGACACGGUCUCGGAGGGCAAAAUUAUGGAGGACACAGCCUAGGUGGACUUAGCCUGGGAGGUCAUGGUCUGGGAGGAUCCUUCGGAGGUCAGAGUGUCGCCUUUAAAGGUGGUGACGUCGGUGGACUCUUGGGACAAUCAUACGCUCCUUCCUACGGUUCCCAUCAAACCUCUUCUGCCCAAACCGUUCCUGCCUAUGCUGUUGGGAUCAAGGGCCUCAGUCACUAUUCCUCCAACGCUGGACUCGCUCAAGCCUUCCAAUCACAUGGAGAUCUGGGAUCUCAAGCCAGUCUCGGUAGCCUAGGGGGUCAUGGAGUCAGCCUUGGUAGCUUGGGAGGUCAUGGAGCCAGCCUUGGUAGCCUGGGAGGCCAUGGAGCCAGCCUUGGUAGCCUGGGAGGCCAUGGAGGUAGCCUCAACUUCGACACAACCAAGUACAACAUCCCUACGAUUUCCAACGGCAAGACCUUAGCUCCUGUCACUUAUUCCUCCCCCGCUGCAUCCAAUGUCCGACACACUUCCAUCUCCAACAUCAUGGACCAGACCAAGAGCUUCAAACCUUCAGUCCUCCUCGGUAUGUACGCCGAUGUGGGAUCUUCUGCAGAAUCUCACGGUUACGGAGGACAGAGUUUCCCUUCCCUCAAGUUCUCCCAAUCUUCCGCACCUUCCUUCAGUCAGAAUUCCGGAGGUUCUUAUGAUGAUGCCAGCUCAAACUAUGGUUCAAGUUACAACACAAUCAACUACUCAGAAGGUGCUGGACAUUAAUCCAAAUCCGAUCUUGCCACAUGAUCUAAAUUUAAUUGUUUAGUAUAGAAUGCGAUUUGUAUAAAUUAAUAUUUAUUUCGCGAAUUUCCUCUUGAUAAAAAAAAAGAAAAAAAGACAGAAAUAAAGACUUGAAAGACUUA